CCAUAAUCUACUUCCCGAAUCUAUAUUUCUCCUUGUGAAAUUGUUAAAGCAAGCAAAACUUGUGUGAUAAGUCUCGUCUCAUCACAAAAUGUCUUCCUCUUUGUCUGCGGUUGCACCUCUUCCUCCUGUGGAAACUACCACAUCAGCCUCUCCUACUACAUCGGCUACCGCCAUUACCCUACCUCCCGUUGAUCUCCACAACAUUCAAGGCGAUAUCUUGCCUGGUCUACCAAAAAAGUUCGAAGCAUACUGGUUCUUGCAAAUCCGCGAUGAUCGAGUCAAAGAGUUCCGAUGCAAUCUAUAUAAACUUCUUCCUCUUAUCACCUCCGCGGCUCAGGCUAUGAGAGACCAAGAUCAAAUUGAUCACUGGAAGAGGUCUUCGCCUCCUGAAGGGCAGCUACUCAAACUAAGUGGUGUCAAUAUUUCAUUCUCCCAUAAGGGGCUCGUCAAAAUGGGUAUCGCUGAUCCUGUUAAUGACACGACCACUGACCCAUUCCAAACUGGAAUGUUCAACGACAUCGCUAAUCUCGAUGAUCAAGUUGAGAAAUGGCUUCCUGAUUUCAAACAAGAGAUCCAUUGCUUGAUAUUCAUCACUGGUGAAAGUCUAGCUACAGUCCACGAAAGAUAUGCUGAGCUUAAGUGGAUUCUUGAUCCCACCAUUAAUGAAGUCAAGCUCACAGUUGGCAAUGCUCGCCCGGGAAAGGAAUUUGGCCAUGAACACUUCGGCUACCUCGACGGAGUUUCUCAGCCAAAUAUCGAAGGCAUCGACAAAAGUGCUGAUCCCAACCCCGUUCAAGCACCAAUUCCACAAGGAUUGAUUCUCACUGGAAGGCCUGGUGAUGAGUCAUCCAGCGGCACUCCGACACCUCGUCCCGCUUGGGCUUUGGAUGGAAGCUUCAUGGCUUUUCGCUAUCUUUCCCAGAACGUGCCCGAGUUCCAAGCAUUCGUCGAUGCCAACAAUCCCCCAAACGCUCCCAAGGACCUCCUAGGUGCCCGUCUUGUUGGCAGAUGGAAGAGUGGUGCGCCCGUCGACAUUACUCCCCUCCACGAUAAUCCUACUCUCGGCGCCGACCCCGCCAAGAACAAUCAUUUCCUCUUCGACCCUACCUCCCAAGACCGCUGCCCUUUCGCAGCACACAUCCGCAAAACCAAUCCUCGCGGUGACUUCACCGAUCCAACCAUAUCCCAGAAACGACGCAUUCUUCGCCGUGGAAUCCCAUUCGGACCCGAGGUCUCCCCAAUUGAGAAGCAGAACAACAAGACUAUUCUUGAUCGUGGCCUCUUGUUCAAGUGCUAUCAAAGCCAAAUUGCUGUUGGAUUCCAAUUUCUGCAGAAGACUUGGGCAAAUAACCCCAACUUUCUCGCGCGCAAGAAUGUGACUGUCCCAGGCUUCGAUGCUAUCAUCGGCCAAGCAGCAAAUGGAGGUCCACGUGCUAUGGAUAUCAACGGUGAUACCAAUAACCCGAACAGCUUCAAGCUGCCGGUCGAGUGGGUCAUCAGCAAAGGCGGAGAAUACUUCUUCUUGCCGAGCAUUUCUGCUCUGAGGGAGGAGUUUGCUUUGAAGCCUGUGCUGAACGGGUAUGGAACUUACAAUGGCAAUGGAGUCCACAACGGAAAUGGGCAUGAAGAGCUCCUAAUUUGAGUCCUGUACCGGAUUCCCUUGAGACGUACGAUGUCACCUUUCUUCAGGGUCAACCGAGAUGGUCUUUGUUUC